AUGGAGGGAUGGACUAGUGGAAAUUCUGAUAUUGAUAGCUUUAUAAAAGAUACAAUGUAUAAUAAUGCAAGAAAGAGAUAUUAUUAUGUCAGUAGAUUUCUUGAAUGGGUACCAUUUGAUAGAUUUACAGAUAUCAAAAAAAUUGGUGAAGGUGGAUUUGCAGAAGUAUAUUCUGCAACAUGGAUUGAUGGGAAAUCAACAUAUGAAUAUAGUAGUUAUUAUGGAAGCUGGCGAAAGGUUAAUUCUAAUCCUGAGAUGAAAAUUGCUUUGAAAAGGUUAAAUGGAUCACAAACUAUAUCAGACAAAUAUUUAAAUGAACUUAAAAUACAUUUUUAUUUAUCUGAAGAAAAAGAAGAAGGAUUAGGGAUUUAUGGAUUAACUAAAGACCCCGAAACUAAAGAUUUUAUGAUGAUAAUAGAAUUUGCUGAUAGAGGGAAUUUGAGAAAUAUUCUCUUAAAUAACUUUAACAAUAUAAUGUGGAAAGAUAAAAUUUAUUUAUUGUAUCAUUCAUUAAUAGACCUAAGAGAUUUACAUAAGUUAGGAUAUUUACAUAAAGAUUUUCAUAGUGGAAAUAUCUUACAAAAUAAACGAGAUGAUUAUAGUAUUGACUCUUACAUUUCAGACUUUGGAUUAUCUGGACCAGCAAAUGAACAAAAAUCGGAUGGUAAAGUAUAUGGAGUAAUGCCAUAUAUUGCUCCAGAAGUCUUGGAUGGAGAAUCAUAUACAUCAUCUUCCGAUAUUUAUAGCUUUGGUGUAGUUAUGGCUGAAUUGUCAUCCGGAAAACCACCUUUUUACAAUAAAAAACAUAAUUUAAAUUUAGCAUUAGCAAUAUGUAAUGGACUCAGACCAGAAUUUGGAAAAGGAACCCCAGAGUUUUAUAAAAAAUUAGCUUACAAAUGUAUGAAUGCUAAUUCAAAUGAAAGACUGACAGCUGAAGAAUUAUUUGAUAUAAUUGAGUUUUGGUAUGAUUCUAUUAAAGGUAAAAAUGAUAAAAAAGAAGAAUUUGGUUAUAAAGGAAAAGAAAUUAAAGCAGCAUUUGAUGAAGCUGAUAAAGAAAUACCAAACAUCUCUAUUUUAUACGAAAGGAAUUCUGAUGCUGUAUAUACUAGUAGAGCAUUUAAUUUCACUAAUCUAUUAACGAAACCUGUUAAUUCAUCUAUUAUUACUUCAUAUAUUAAUGAAGAAAAUGAUGAAGUUCAUGAUCCUCAGUUAGUCGACUUAGAAAUUUCUAACAUAAUGCAAUUAGAAGAUACUGAUGCUUUUGACAUUAAUAGAUACUUGUGACGAAAAUAAUGCUGAUGAUUCGAUAGAUUAAAUAUUUUGUAGAUUUUAUUUUAUAGUUUUAUUGUGAAAUUUGUUAUUUGAAAGU